AAUCCAGCAGCCACUCGCAGUUCUACAGCGAAAGUGUUGAUAUACAAUUUACAGUUUUUCUUUCUUAACCAAACGUAAAACAGAUCAGUCGCCAGGAUGUGUGAUGAUGAAGUUGCCGCAUUGGUCGUGGACAAUGGUUCCGGUAUGUGCAAGGCUGGCUUUGCCGGCGAUGAUGCGCCCCGUGCCGUCUUCCCAUCGAUCGUAGGCCGUCCGCGCCAUCAGGGCGUUAUGGUUGGCAUGGGUCAGAAGGAUUCCUAUGUGGGCGAUGAGGCGCAGUCCAAGAGAGGUAUCCUCACUUUGAAAUAUCCCAUCGAGCACGGCAUCAUCACCAACUGGGAUGAUAUGGAGAAGAUCUGGCAUCACACUUUCUACAACGAAUUGCGUGUCGCACCUGAGGAGCAUCCAGUGCUGCUCACUGAGGCCCCACUCAAUCCCAAGGCUAAUCGCGAGAAGAUGACCCAGAUCAUGUUUGAAACAUUCAACGCACCCGCCAUGUAUGUGGCCAUCCAGGCUGUGCUCUCCCUGUACGCCUCCGGCCGUACCACUGGUAUUGUGCUGGACUCUGGCGAUGGUGUCUCUCACACCGUGCCCAUCUAUGAAGGUUAUGCCCUGCCCCAUGCCAUUCUGCGUCUGGAUUUGGCCGGUCGUGAUUUGACCGACUAUCUGAUGAAGAUCCUCACCGAGCGUGGCUAUUCAUUCACCACCACUGCUGAGCGUGAAAUUGUGCGCGAUAUCAAGGAGAAGCUGUGCUAUGUCGCCCUGGACUUUGAGCAGGAGAUGGCUACCGCUGCUGCCUCCACAUCUCUGGAGAAGUCCUAUGAGUUGCCUGAUGGACAGGUCAUUACCAUUGGCAACGAGCGCUUCCGUUGCCCCGAAUCUCUGUUCCAGCCCUCGUUCUUGGGUAUGGAAUCGUGCGGCAUUCAUGAGACCGUCUACAACUCGAUCAUGAAGUGCGACGUGGAUAUCCGUAAGGAUCUGUAUGCCAACAUUGUCAUGUCCGGUGGCACCACCAUGUACCCAGGUAUUGCCGAUCGUAUGCAAAAGGAAAUCACUGCCCUCGCUCCAUCCACCAUCAAGAUCAAGAUCAUUGCCCCACCUGAGCGCAAAUACUCCGUCUGGAUCGGUGGCUCCAUCUUGGCCUCCCUCUCGACCUUCCAGCAGAUGUGGAUCUCCAAGCAGGAAUACGAUGAGUCCGGCCCCGGCAUUGUGCACCGCAAGUGCUUCUAAGCAACACAGCAAACACA